UCGUGCACAUUUUCAAGCCUGUCAAAUCACGAGAAGCAUCGAGAAAUUAGACAGCAACUGGGAUCAUCAUAGAACCGAGAUAAAAAAAAAAAAAGACGCAAAAAGAAUCUGUCUUCGUCCAUCCUCUUCACCCAGAUUAUACAUUCGGAUAACACCGGUGAGCGCCUGGGACGCGAGAAACGCACGCGUCAGCGCCGCAGACGAACAGGUAAGCGCUGAUAAAGGCGCGGGUAGACUCGAACGGCGGCGGAGUUUACAUCUGGCAGAGUCAGUCGGUGGAAGAGAAAGCGGGACAGGCGAGGGAGAUGUGAAUGCACAUACACGUGCCGAGGAAAACGCGCGGCGAGAAAAUUCUCUCGUGGAAGGUCGGCGGCGACGCGACGACGACGUGAACGGAGCGACGAGCAUGAGCGCUGAACUGGAAUUUGCAGAGAAGAGGCGUGAUCCGCGGCGUCGAUCGUGCACGGACGUCGACAGGUCGCUUUACUUGCACUUCGAGGACAUAUCGUACAGCGUACGGCGAGGAAUUUUGACCAAGGAGAGAAGAAAAUUACUGCAGGAUCUUAAUGGCGAUUUUCGACCCGGUGAACUCACAGCUAUUAUGGGUCUUUCGGGCGCUGGAAAAUCUACACUAAUGGAUAUCUUGGCAGGUUUCACGACAACUUCGGUCACCGGCAAGAUCUUGGUAAAUGAACGAGAAAGAGAUAUGUCGGAAUUUCGAAAAUUGUCCGCCUAUAUAAUGCAAGAUGACAAUCUACAACCACUUUUAACGGUGCAGGAAGCAAUGUCGGUCGCCGCCGAUCUCAAACUCAGAUCGGACAAAUAUCAAAAAUUGCAGAGGAUCGACGAAAUAUUAACAGUGAUGGGUCUUGAUGUAUCUCGUUGCACGCUUACCAGUAAGCUCAGCGGUGGUCAAAGAAAAAGACUCGCCAUCGCGCUCGAAUUGAUCAAUAAUCCGCCAGUCAUGUUCUUCGAUGAACCUACAAGUGGCUUAGAUAGCGUUACUUCGAAGCAAUGCUUAGCGCUUUUGAAGCAAUUAGCGCAAGAGGGACGGACUAUAAUUUGUACGAUUCAUCAACCGAGCGCGACACUCUUCAACAUGAUAGAUCAUCUUUACAUAGUCGCUGAUGGAAAUUGCGUUUACACAGGCAGUACACAAAAUUUGGUACCAUAUUUAAGUAGUCUAGGAUUACACUGUCCAACACAUUAUAGUCCCGUUGAUUUCUUGAUGGAAGUAUGCAAUGGCGAUUAUGGUUCUCAUAUAUCCAGGCUAGUGGAAUCGAUCGAGAAUGGCAAAAAUAAUGUAUGGAGAUCAGCGAAAGAGUUUUAUUUGAACGAAGAAAUUAUUAGUCCGCGACAAAUUGCUCCCAUAAGAUUAUAUUCUUUCGAAACGGAGUUCAAACAGACAUCGCAUUAUGCCGUCAGUUCCUGGACGCAGCUUCGCGUUCUUGUCAAGAGAAACGCAGUUAGAUUAAUUCGCGAUAAGGUUUUAACAGUCUCACGGAUCUUAAUGCACUUGGCGAUUGCUGUGCUUGCUGGCACCUUAUAUUUCAAAAUCGGUCAGGAUGCCGCUUACGUUUUCGAUAAUUUUAAUCUAUUAUUUUUUAGCAUUAUGUUUCUCAUGUACAAUGCGUUUAGCGCUACAAUGAUCACAUUUCCUUCGGAAUUACCGAUUCUUAUGCGCGAGCAUUUCAAUCGUUGGUAUAAACUACGAGCGUACUAUUUGGCGAAUAAACUAGCCGAUUUUUUCGUCCAAUUUACUGCCACGUUUAUUUAUACCAUCAUAGUGUAUUACAUGAGCGAUCAGCUUCCCGAAAGCAGAAGACUUGGACUAUAUAUGCUCAUGUGCUUAGCCAAUAGUCUGGUCGGUCAAACGGUUGGACUUAUCAUAGGGUCUGGCUUAAAGGUUCAGAAUAGCGUAAUUUUUGGACCAUUUGCAAUUAUGCCGUUCGUAAUAUUUAGCGGUUUUUUCGUGCAAUUGAAGGAUGCACAUCCCUACUUACAUUGGCUGUUUCAUAUAUCAUUUAUGAAAUACUCUUUUGAGGGAGUCAUGAUGGCGAUUUAUGGCUAUGAUCGACCCAAAUUGAAGUGUUCGGCAGAUUAUUGUCAUUUCGCUAUCCCCGAAAAGCUGCUUUCGGAAGUGGGUAUGAAGCACGUAGAUUACUGGUAUAACAUGACAGUGCUGAUACUGCUAUGUAUCACCUUGGAUAUUAUGGCGUAUAUUAUAUUGAAUAUAAGAGUUAAAAAACGUAUAUAGUAUUACAAUAUAGCUGAAGGAAAAUUUUGUAUAAGUGUUGCAAAUGGUGGGCGACUUGUGUAAAUAAGAAGUUCCAAGAGGAUCUACUUAUUAAGACUGAUUUAUCUCUUAUCAAAUCCAAAUAAUUAUAUGUAACACUUAUAUGUAAUAUAUACAAAAGUUGUAUGUAAUAUGCAUGUAACAUAUAUUGUGUAAUAUACUUGUAUGUGAGACAAUUCUCAUUAUUGGAUAAUUAUUAUAGCUGACAAACGAGCAUAUUUGGUUUA